ACACCAACAACAACAACAACAAUAACAACGACAACAGCAGCAAAGAAAUUAAUAAUAAAUUUUACGUUUUGAUUUGUUUGCAAGCAUUUCCUUUAACGCUUUAUCAGUGAGACGUACUAUCUUGAGAGCGCGAACGCUUCAAAGUAUCGUUCGUAAUAUUUCCUUAAACAAAACUAUAAUUAAAUAACGCACAAGUUGCUUAAGCAUCAUCGUCUAGAGAAAUGUGAUUUCUAAAAAUCUCUAAGAACAAAUAAAUCCAAGCUAUGUAAUGCUGCUACCACUAAAUGCAGAAGUGCUUAAAAAAAACUUAGAAAGGAUUUCUUCAAUUCAGAAUUAGAAAAUAAGACUUUGAAAAAAAAAAAAAAAAAAAAAAAUGGCUGAAGUAAAUACAGCCUCCGGCGCUUCGUCGGCUAGGCUUAGAAAAUUUGAUAGAACUGAUAGUGAAUUAGCCUGUGAAGAGGCUGCACGUUUAACGGCCGAUAUUCAAGAGAAUACAGCACCACAAAGUCCCGAAGAGGAUGACGAUUACAGUGAUUAUGGCGAAUUGCCGCCACCGCCGGACGGUGGUUACGGUUGGGUUGUCUGUUUCGCUUCAUUCAUGUGCAACAUGGUGGUGGACGGCAUAGCCUAUACGUUUGGUAUAUUUCUCGGUGAAUUCGUGGACUAUUUCGGUGAGGGUAAGGGUAAGGUAGCGUGGGUUGGCAGUUUAUUAAGCGGUGUUUAUUUAAGUGCGGGUCCUAUUGUAUCAGCUUUAGCUAAUAAGUACGGCUGCCGUACGGUAUGCAUAGCUGGCAGUAUUGUUGGAUGUAUAGCUUUUGCCCUAAGUACCCUUUCUACUUCCGUCGAUAUGCUUAUGUUAACUUAUGGUGUACUAGGCGGCUUCGGUUUCGGUAUGAUUUAUUUGCCCGCUGUUGUGGCUGUGGGUUACUAUUUCGAAACGAAACGAUCUCUGGCCACGGGCAUAGCUGUUUGUGGUUCCGGUUUUGGUACUUUCGCGUUUGCCCCAUUAGCCUCCUACUUACUGCAACAAUACGGCUGGAAGAAUUCUCUUCUUGUUUUUGCGGGUAUGAUAUUAAACUGUGCUAUUUUUGGAGCGAUGAUGCGACCGCUUACCUAUCCUAAAAAGAAGAAAGUGAAACCCCUAAUGCAACGUAUGUACGAAGAAAAACAAAUGCAAUUGGAACGUGGUUCAUUCGCGGGCUCAUUUAUGGUUCAAUUGCCCGAUGGCACAAUGGAGCGUAAACUAAAAUUACCUUUAAAUACGGAACCAGGGGUGCAUUCAUCUUUAAAUUUAGAAUUGUUAGCUCAACAAGCUGGCGGAAUGGGUAGUUUGCAACCUGUCUCCACCUUGCCUACCAUUACCGAAGCUAAUAUGAUAGAAUCGCAAAAUGAACAACAGCAACAGCAAAGCUCGCCAGCUAACGGAAAAGAAAGCAAUGGUCAAUUAGAAACGCGCGGUCGCCGUCCUCAACGACAUUCAGAAUGCGGUCCCAGUCCUUACCCGUCGGUCGAUAUAAUGACCCGCAAUGCUUCGCAACCGGCCUUUACAGCCGACUAUCAUAGUCUUCCAAAAAAUGGCUCAGUACCGUCCUUUCAACGUUCACGUAAAACCUCAACAUCAGAAAAAUUCCAACCAUCAUUGGCUGCCAUCAGAUCGGCAUCACGAACUGAUAUGGAUGCAGAAAUGGGCAUGACUGCAUCGAAAAUGUCUUUGUCGCAACGCCAAGACAGCGGCAAAAUGGUUAGGCCUAUGUCACGUAAGGAUAUUUUUUAUUCUGGUUCGGUAACAAAUUUGCCACUCUAUCAAUCCCAAAAAUCGUUAACUAAUUACCGUCAAUCCGUAUUAUCGCUAACAAAAUAUGAGAAAAGCAUGCAAAGCGUUCAGCGUUUAGAUCCUUUAGCUGAGGCAGAAAAAAAUCGCGAACAAUACGAUCUGUGCCCAUGCUUGGGCAUACCUGAUUCGGUGCGUUCAGUUAUCAACAAUAUGCUCGACGUUACUCUACUAAGGGAUCCAGUUUUCAUGCUGAUCGGUGUUUCAAACAUUUUUGGUAUGGCUGGACUUUACGUACCCUUCGUAUACUUGGUCGAUGCUGCGCAAAAAGCCGGUAUCGAUGCCGAUUCAGCAUCAUUUUUGCUUUCAAUUAUUGGCAUCACAAACACUUUCGGUCGUGUUAUAUGCGGUUAUGUUGCAGAUUUCCCUUCGGUGAAUUCUUUAUUUUUGAAUAAUAUGUGCUUGCUCGUGUGUACGGUGGCAGUAUUUCUCACUCCAUUAUGUGCCUCUUACACUACCUUUGUAGUGAUGGCUAUAUUCUUUGGUGUAUCUAUUUCUGGUUACAUAUCUCUAACGUCAAUUAUACUCGUAGAUUUACUUGGCCUAGAUAAGUUAACCAAUGCCUUCGGUCUCCUAAUACUAUUCAGAGGUUUUGCUGCCAUUAUUGGAUCACCACUGGCUGGUGCCGUUUACGAUGCAACGCAAUCCUAUGACUUGCCAUUUUAUAUGGCCGGCGCUCUUUUCGCUUUAUCCACAAUUACCAGCUUUAUGGCACCGUGUUUAAAACGUUGCACUAAAUCCGAAGAGAGUCCAGUGCAUAUAGAAACCUUAACACCAAUUAACGAGGAACAGGGCGAAGAGGCCGAGGAUGAGGAGGAUCAACCAAUAACUAUAGUACCUAAAAUUGUAAAGACGCUACCCAGUCCACAGCAAGAAGAAACCGAACCUAAAUUUCCGGCCUCAAAACCAACAUCGGCUGAAUCAAAAUUAUAAAAGUAAAUUAGGGUAAACAAAAAACGGAUGAUUAAUAAUAAAAAGAGCGAACGAGAGAGAGAGAGAGAUAGAGCGGGAAACGUUUGAAAUGACUCUCUUUCUCUACAUUGUUAGCUGAGAUUCAAACUAACGUUACAUAUAUUGUUGUUUUUAACGAAUAUUUUUUAAACUAAUUUUCUAAGAAACGAAAAAAAAAUUUAUCUUUUAACCAGCAGCCAGCCUUUUUAGCUUAACCGUAAAAGAAAACAAAUUAAAAUAAGCUUAAAACUAAUAUUAAUAU